UUUAAUUUUAUCAGAAAGAAAUGCAGGUUUUGAUUUUCGAAAUUAUUGACAAUCCCGUUCAUCCGUUCGUGCCGCUGUGCUUCUCGCGAGACAUCUACCGGUCAUAGUAGGAAUUUGCAUUUUGUCCAAAAUCAAGUUCAGUUAAUAUUUAAAAAAUACUUAAUUAUCUAACGAAUAAUUUAUAUUAAAUUUAAUUCAAAGGUUUCUUUGUAAUAUUUUGAUUCCUAAGAAUUAAAAAUAUAUUAAAUAAGUUUUACUUGAGGAUCUAAUUAAUCUAGUUUUCGGCCCAGUCUGAGCAUUGUGAAAUCGUACCAGACUUGCAUUUAUAAAGUCUUAUACUGAAUUUUUCGGCCAAUGGUGUUGGAGAUAUGAUGCGAGGACACUGUUGGAAUGUCGAUUCUCACGAGUCCGUUCUCAGCGUCUGAGCCGCGAUUUGCAUUUGGAUCAUGUUUAACCUUAAAGAGCACUCACUUAGGGUGCAUUUGGGUGUAAACUACUUGCUUAACUCUCGCUCGCUUUCGAAAUUGGGGGUUCAGCUAAGGCCAUUGAAUUUGAAGAUAUCUCCAGCCCUCUGGGUGCGUGACAUUGUGGGUCACAUUUUUUAAAAAAAAUCAUCAAAUGAAAAGAAUGACAGAUCAGGAGUUUACGCAGAGCGUACGUCCGCCUCCUCGUCGAAGUCGACAGGAUUCUUCGACUUUGCUUUUGUCGAACAGCCCUAAUCACAAGCCUGAAACCAAUAGAAAGGGACCUGCCCCUCAGCCACCCAAGUCAAAGAGAACUGGUGUUUGGGGUGACACUGUGUUUCAAAGCAGCAAGGACAUCACUACAGUGACAACAGCGAAAAUUUCUCCGGAGGUGGAAAAAGAAAUCCCUGUCAUUCCGGAUUUGGAUGAUCUUCAGGAAGAGGAGUUUGCGUCACAGAUUGCCAAAGCUCCAUCUAUUAAAUUUUCUAGAGUCGCUGUUAACAGAGUUGCAGCCUACAAAGAACUUGAUACAGACUUAUUCCAGCAUGCAGCUUUUGCGAAAAUUGAGGAUAUAAGCCUUCGACUCCUUACUACUGUACUGUCUCCUGAAACUGAAUUGAAAGAACCCGACGUGCCUUGGACCUGGGACAAUCUGUUUACAGAGGUGGCGUCGCAGAUCUCAAAUGAAAAUAUAAAAAAUACUUCAACCGAGUGAAAUUUUUAGGGUACAUAUUCACUUAAAAAAUUAUUAUACUCAUGCUAUAAUUAUGUAGGUAACAGUGCUGUGUGAGCAUUCCGUCCUAAACUUUCCGAUAUUGCAUUUUGCAAAUUAUUGUUUUUUUUCUAUUGUAUAAUUUAUCAUAAUUUAUUGUAGACUGCGCAAGCAUGAUUUGUUUUUAAUUUUUUUUUAAGAAUGAAUAUUUCUGUGUAGCUUUUUUUAAAAAUUUUAAUUAAAUAAAUACUAUUCAAAUAAAUAAUAUGA